AUGUCACUCAGCCGGAUUGUCGGCGACGCACCCCUCCAGCCUGUCGAUACUGCUGCUGAAGCCGGGAUCCCUUACGGGCUGAUGGGAAGAAACCACCCUGGUGACUUCCAGGUACCGGGGAGCCGAGCGGGAGAGGAGGAGGUCUCGCAGGCUGCAGCCCAGAAGCAGCUUCUUCAGGGGCCGGCGAAGGCGACGUGCGUGCAAGCCUCGGGGGACGGGCGCGUUACGGGCCGAGUGUUGUGCAAGCAAAGUCAAGAUAUCGAGGCUACCGCACAGAUCCAGCCACUGCCACAGCCGUCUCUCCCACCGGCUGCACCUAUCCCAGCUCCCCAGGGCACUCCUUCUGUGGAGGAACUUAUCCAGCAGAGUCAGUGGAACCUGCAGCAGCAGGAGCAGCAUCUCCUCGCCAUGAGACAGGAACAAGUCACAUCAGCAGUAGCCCUUGCAAUUGAGCAACAAAUGCAGAAAGUUUUGGAGGAAACCCAGUUAGAUAUGAACGAAUUUGACAACUUGUUGCAGCCAAUAAUUGACACUUGUACAAAAGAUGCAAUCUCAGCUGGCAAGAACUGGAUGUUUAGUAAUGCAAAAUCUCCUGCACACUGUGAGCUGAUGGCUGGGCACCUGCGAAAUCGUAUAACGGCCGAAGGAGCUCACUUUGAGCUUCGGUUACAUCUAAUCUACUUAAUCAAUGAUGUAUUGCAUCACUGCCAGCGGAAGCAAGCACGAGAUCUUCUGGCUGCUUUACAGAAGGUGGUUGUGCCUAUUUAUUGUACCAGUUUUCUAGCGGUGGAGGAGGAUAAGCAACAGAAAAUUGCCAGACUUCUUCAACUAUGGGAGAAAAAUGGAUACUUUGAUGAGUCAAUUAUUCAGCAGUUACAGAGCCCAGCUCUUGGACUUGGCCAGUACCAGGCAAAUUUGAUCACUGAAUAUGCAACGGUAGUACAGCCUGUACAAGUAGCCUUCCAACAGCAGAUACAGAACCUGAAAACUCAACAUGAAGAGUUUGUGAACAGCUUAACGCAGCAGCAGCAGCAGCAACAAAUACAAAUACCACCACUAGAGAACGAGGUGAAAUCGACACCCCCACCUCAAGCCCCCACAGCAGCACCAGCCUCGGCUCCACCAUCUGCUCCAGUUACACAAGCAGAUGAUGGUAAAUCUCAGCUGCCUCUAGCUGGUUCUACAGAGUAUGACACAACAGGGUCUGGAGUGCAGGAUCCUGCCUCUGGUGGACCACGUGGCCCUGGAUCCCAUGAUCAGAUUCCUCCAAAUAAACCACCCUGGUUUGAUCAACCUCACCCUGUUGCACCAUGGGGUCAACAACAGGGACCACCUCAUUGUCCUCCGUGGAAUAACAACCAUGAAGGAAUGUGGAACGAACAGAGAGAUCAAGGCUGGAACAACCAGCGAGAGACACCUUGGAACAACCAGCCCGAUCCUUCUUGGAACAACCAGUUUGAAGCACCGUGGAACAACCAGCAUGAACAACCUCCAUGGGGUGGGGGUCAAAGGGAACCUCCAUUUCGAAUGCAGCGGCCACCUCACUUCAGAGGCCCAUUUCCUCCACAUCAGCAACAUCCCCAAUUCAACCAGCCCCCGCAUCCGCAUAAUUUCAACCGCUUUCCACCUCGCUUCAUGCAGGAUGAUUUUCCACCUCGCCAUCCCUUUGAAAGGCCUCCUUAUCCUCAUCGUUUUGAUUACCCCCAGGGGGAUUUUCCUCAAGAAAUUGGACCUCCUCAUCAUCACCCUGGUCACAGAUUGCCUCAUCCUGGAAUCAGCGAGCAUCCUCCCUGGGGAGGGCCACAGCACCCUGAUUUCGGGCCUCCCCCGCAUGGAUUUAACGGGCAGCCUCCUCAUAUGCGGCGACAAGGCCCCCCUCACAUGAACCAUGAUGAUCCUAGUCUGGUGCCAAAUGUCCCCUACUUUGAUCUUCCUGCUGGACUGAUGGCUCCACUUGUAAAACUUGAAGAUCAUGAGUAUAAACCUUUAGAUCCUAAAGAUAUACGUCUUCCACCCCCAAUGCCCCCCAGUGAGAGACUACUGGCUGCGGUUGAGGCAUUUUAUAGUCCACCAUCUCAUGACAGGCCUAGAAACAGUGAAGGCUGGGAGCAGAAUGGACUGUACGAAUUCUUCAGAGCUAAAAUGAGAGCGAGGCGGAGGAAAGGUCAGGAGAAGAGAAAUAGUGGGCCUUCUCGGUCUCGCAGUCGGUCUAAAAGCCGAGGUCGCUCAUCCUCCCGGUCCAAUUCACGAUCUUCAAAAUCAUCUGGCUCCUAUUCGAGGUCACGAUCUCGCUCUUGCUCUCGAUCACGAUCCUAUUCACGCUCUCAGUCCAGAAGCCGGAGCAGGUCCCGCUCUUCUCAUAGCCGCUCGCGAUCGCGGUCACGAUCAAGAUCGAAAUCGUACUCGCCGGGAAGGCGGCGCCGGUCCCGGUCUCGCAGCCCGACUCCUCCUUCUUCUGCUGGUUUAGGCUCCAGUUCUGGGCCUCCUAUACCAGAAUCAAGACUCGGAGAAGAAAAUAAAGGCCAUCAAAUGCUAGUGAAAAUGGGAUGGAGUGGAUCUGGUGGAUUGGGAGCCAAGGAACAAGGAAUUCAGGAUCCAAUUAAAGGAGGGGAUAUCCGAGACAAAUGGGAUCAAUAUAAAGGAGUGGGAGUUGCAUUAGAUGACCCUUACGAAAACUACCGAAGAAAUAAAAGUUACUCGUUUAUCGCACGCAUGAAGGCCAGAGACGAAUUGAAGCGUGAAACGCAAGACCCUCCACCACCCGAAUAA